GAAACAGCUCUCUCUACAUUAAGUUACACUUCUUGACAGAGAAAUCAAUGACGGUUGACCCGUCAACAUGUGGACUUUUCUAGUGCAGUUAUUCUCCACUGUGCUGCAGUUACGCCUGUCAAUGACCAAGCCCAACGAGACAAUGGUGGCCUACAAUCUGACAUCAACCGCUUUGCCAUGCUAUGUAAUGGACUAUGCACCACUCGUCUGGCUAUAUAGCAAGGAAACAUACAUGCCUUCGGAUAUCGGACAGCAGCUUGUACACACGAUACCAAUGGUGAAUUAUACUUCAAUCAAAGGAGCACCAUCACCGUUAACACUCAAUAACCUCGCGGAACUCAACAAGUUGGGAAACACCAGCGUCUACCUUACCUCAAUAGAGGGCAUCGAUGCUACUCCAGAGCCAGCAUGGUUUCGUGGAGUGAGGCCAGAUACAAAUGGAAAGACGAAUGGGGCUGUCUCAUCGACUAUAAUCACUCGUGAUCAUGGAAAUGGGACAGUAGAUGCGUUCUACUUCUACUUCUAUGCGUACAAUAUGGGAAACACAGUAUUGGGAAUGCAGUUUGGAGACCACGUCGGUGACUGGGAGCACAACAUGAUUCGCUUUGAUAACGGAGUUCCACAAGCAAUCUGGUACAGCCAACAUGCUGGAGGUGAAGCCUUCACCUACGACGCAACAGAGAAGCAAGGCAAAAGACCGAUCGCAUACUCCGCUAAUGGCUCUCAUGCCGUAUAUGCAGUACCUGGCACCCAUGACCACGCCAUCCCCCACCUCAACCUCCCCUUCGGUUUUGUUAUGGACUACACAGACAGAGGAACCCUAUGGGAUCCCAUCGCAAACGCAUACGCAUAUAGCUUCGACGCAGCCAGCCAGACAUUCCAGCCCUACGACCGUAGAUAUCCAGCCAACUGGCUAGAGUUCAAUGGGCAGUGGGGAGACGACGCAUUGCCGGGGGGACCGGAGCUCUUUGGACAAGCGAAAUACAGUGCGGGCCCGAAUGGGCCUAAAUUCAAACACCUUGUCAGGUCGACUGUUUGUCCGGAUAGUCCUUGCGUCGUGCUGCCUUUCCGUAUUUGGGAUGAUGAGGAUGGUGAGAUGAUGGAGAGAGAGUGGUAGUUUUUCUUUUUUUCUUUUCUUUUCUUUUUGUUUAUACAUACCAUUUUUGUCGAUUGGAUACAGUGCAGGGUAGAAUGGCAUAAACCGUUGAGAAUGGGGAGGGGACAGAGAGAGGGGAGUGGAUAAAUGUGGAGAUCGGGAUACAGGACGGAGUACUUUUGUAAGACAGGGUAUACACCACUGUGUGGGAUUGUGGAUUAGAUUGUUCUGUGUGUGUGUGUGUGUGUGUGUGUGUGUGUGUGUUUUCAAGUCAGCCUCUUGGGAGAUUGAUCAUCUGAUGUUUUGAU